AUGGUCUCCUGUCCAAUCUGCGGCAAAUCGGUAAGACAAUCCAACAUCAACAACCACAUUGACUCGAACUGUAUCGAAGACGUCGAACAAGACAACGGCACUUCUUCCUCCUCAUCGACCAUCACCACAACCGCUGCGCCGGUCUCGUCCUUCUUCAAGACGCCCUCUUCGAAACGUGAUCGUGAUGGAUCCUCGACGUCGUUCUUCUCCUCAAGUCAGCCGGUCCACUCGUCACCGAGUCUCGUCGGCCCUCGUCCGUCGUCGUCCUCGGUGAAGCGGUCCCUGGACCAGGCCUUCACAUCUAGUACGCAGCCCACGCAGAACAGAACACGGACCCCAUCGCUGCUCGAGCCCAACGCGGCGACGGACCACGAGCGCGACCAUGACGGCCCUCCACCCAAGAAGCCCAAACCCACAACCUCGCCGCACGACAAGGCCGCCCCCCUCGCAGAACGCAUGCGGCCGCGCAGCCUGACAUCCAUCCUGGGCCAAGACCUCGUCGGGCCCUCUGGCGUGCUUACGUCCUUGAUCCAGCAAGACCGCGUGCCCAGCAUGAUCCUCUGGGGCGCCAGCGGCACCGGCAAAACCACCAUCGCCCGCGUCAUCGCCAGCAUGGUCGGUUCCCGCUUCGUCGAGAUCAACAGCACCUCGUCCGGCGUGGCAGAGUGCAAGAAGAUAUUCGCAGAGGCAAAGAGCGAGCUGGGCCUGACGGGCCGCAAGACCAUCGUCUUCUGCGACGAGAUCCAUCGCUUCAGCAAGUCUCAGCAGGACGUCUUCCUGGGCCCCGUCGAGGCGGGCACGGUCACGUUGAUCGGCGCCACCACGGAGAAUCCCAGUUUCCGCGUCCAAGGCGCGCUGUUGAGUCGGUGCAGGGUGUUUGUGUUGAAGAAAUUGGAGCAGGAUGAUAUUCUCGAGAUUUUGACACGCGCCGUACGGCAGGAAGGCGAAAAGUAUGGAGUAUAUCUGUCCGAGACGUCCACCUCAACAUCGACCUCCGCCUCCACCUCCACAGCUACAUCCUCAUCUGUGUCGACGUCUGCAUCGGUGUCGAACAAUCAGUCUUAUAGUACGAAUGUUACCAACGGGCACGGCCAGGGUCACGACGACGGCGACCCUACACCUCCAGAAGCGACAACAACAACAACAGGUAUCGAAACAGAACCAACUUCAGACUCGUCAACCUCGAAUUCAAGAUCAAGUUCAAACCUAAUCACCACGUCCCUCCUAACAUAUCUCUCGACGUUCGCCGACGGCGACGCGCGCACGGCGCUGAACCUCCUCGAACUCGCCAUGUCACUCUCGACGCGGCCGGGGAUGACGCUGACGCAGCUCAAGCAGUCGCUCACCAAGACGCUCGUGUACGACCGGGCGGGCGACCAGCACUACGACACCAUCAGCGCCUUCCACAAGUCGGUGCGCGGGUCCGACGCCGACGCGACGCUGUACUACCUAGCGCGCAUGCUCACCUCGGGCGAGGACCCGCUGUACGUGGCGCGGCGCAUGGUGGUGAUUGCCAGCGAGGACGUCGGGCUCGCGGACCCGGCGCUCCUGCCGCUCACCACGGCCACGUACACCGCCGUGCAGAUGAUCGGCAUGCCCGAGGCGCGCAUCAACCUCGCCCACUGCGCCGUCGCCCUGGCGCUGGCCCCCAAGUCGACCCGCGCCUACCGGGGGCUCGAGAACGCCAUGGCCGCCCUGCAGCGGGAGCCCGGGGCCGGCGGCCUGCCCAUCCCCUUGCACUUGAGGAACGCCCCGACGAGGCUCAUGAGGGAGCUCGGGUACGGCAAAGAGUACAAGUACAACCCCGACUACAGGGGCGGGAGGGUCAAGCAGGACUACCUACCCGACGAGCUCAGGGGGCGUAAGUUUCUUGAAGAUUUGGAUCUGGGAACAAAGAUCGACGAGGAUCUUGAAUCUGAAGCUUGA